ACUACUUACGUUUAUUAUUAUAUCCUCUCUCUGCAGGUCUGUCAGUUUGUUUCUUUUUAUUUUUUUCCUAGUUCUGUUGACACAGCUUUUAUUUUAGUUAAGGCAUUACUUUUCUACUUACAGAACUAACGAAAGAAAUAAUUUCCCCAAACUCCAUUGGUUUCGUAUAUCCUUAGUUGCUAUAUCAUAUUCUAAAUGCUUUUUAUGUAUACGUAUAUGAUCUCUUCCUUUCUGGAUUAAUUCCUCUAAUUUUGUGAACUACAUAUAUAAUAUUGCACCAUAUAUAAACUGACCCAUUUUGUAUACCCUUCUCUCACUUAUAUUAUAUAAUUAAAUGGAGAGUAUGGGAGAUUGCGAGCAAAAGAAUCUGGUAAACGAGCUAAGAAUGGGGAGGGAGCUAACAAGGCAGCUCCAAAUCCAUCUCAAUAUUCCAUCUUAUUCGAGAGAAACCCGUGAAUUGCUGGUGCAAAAGAUCCUAUCUUCUUAUGAAAAGGCACUUUCUAUGCUAAAUUUAAGUCGCUUAAUUACGAAAGAGCCAUUGCCAACAGGAGUUGCCACCAACGGUAUGCCAGAGUCGCCGCCGCUUUCUCUAAGUGGAAGUCCCCGGAGUGAUCAAGACUCUGACCGGGACUUCAAGGACCAAGACCCUAAAGAUGUCUCCAGGAAGAGGACGAGCACUGCAAGGUGGACAAAACAAGUGCGAGUUAACCCAGGGAUGGGACUAGAAGGACCACUUGAUGAUGGUUUUAGCUGGAGAAAGUAUGGCCAGAAAGACAUACUUGGAGCUAGAUAUCCAAGGGGCUACUAUAGGUGCACUCAUCGAAUUGUCCAAGGCUGUUUAGCAACAAAGCAAGUGCAACGAUCCGAUGAAGACCCUACCAUCUUUGAAGUUACCUAUCGGGGAAGGCACACUUGCACCCAAAUGCUCCAUUAUAAUCCGCAGCUACCGGAGAAUAUCAAUCAAGAAACUAACUCCAGUUGCAUAGAGCCCCAACAACCAGAAAACCAGCAUCCAUCUCAAGAUCCUCUCCUGAACCUUCGUUCUGCUCUUAAAGUCAUUACAGAAGGCUUGGACGAUCUGGAACAAUCUCUUCCUCCAUUCCACUUUCCUUCAACAUCCAAUGUUAUAGCACAAAACCAAGUUUUUUCUCCUUCUAUGUUAGAUAAUAACCUCAUGGGAAACUUUUCUUCAUCAUUUAUAUCCCCUUCAACGUCGACAGCAAAACCUAACUAUUUUUCUGCGUCUUCAAGUGGGUUGCAUCAAAGCUUUGGAGGAGGGAACCAAAGUUUGCAAACUUCUGAUUCUGACCCAAGUGACAUAAUUGCUGCUGCUGCCGGUACUACUUCAGCUACUGACUCCCCUACUACUGGUGUGGAUUUCCCAUUUGGUAAUGUUGAAUUUGAUCCAAAGUACUUCUCAUUCGACAACCAUGGAUUUAUUUCUUAAGGCCAUCCAAAAAGCUGAGAAUCCAAUGAAGUGACGAAGAAUAUCGGAGAGACAUGUGAUCAUCAGGCAAAAUAUUACUUAGUCUAAUUUUGUUUUAGGUCUUUGAAGAAAUAGAAUUUAGUUUCGAGAAGUUCAAGUUCUUUGCAUAAUAACGUCAGUUAUUCAUUGAUCUGUGUAAUAGCUGCUGUGCUUGUUUCGUCCCGUUAGGGUACGUUUAGCUAUUUUGAUAAUCUGAUUCCUAUAUUUUAUCAAUUGUGUAAAUUGUACUUGUCAUCUCUAUUUCUGAUA